AUAUUUUCAUACAUUUCUUCCUUUUUUUAAGGUCGUAUGAGCAGUCAAGAUGACCUGGACGAUGACACUAGCUCCCUCUACGGUUAUGCAACAGGUUUACACGAUUCCAUUGGUGCUCACGUUUGGAAGGAAGCAGAUUCAUCAGGGAGUGAGGGAAGUAGGCAAGAAGACGAUAUUUACAAUGAACCUAGACCUCCUGGUCAUAAUUCUAUUCAUUUUUUAGUGGGAGGAGAAGUUGCGAACUUGUACCACGAAGAGCCUGUAGUUCCCGUAGUGCAUAGGCAUGCGCGUGUUGCUUCCCAACCCACCUCGAUACGAAGUGCCAGUAAUAACAAUAUAUUGAUUAGUUCAAAAGGCAGUCAAAUGGUACGAUCGCAGUCUCAAGAUAUAAAUGUGGCCCUGUUAGAAAAUGCCACAUCAAAUCCUAAGCCUGCACAGUCAGAGUCUGCUCUAGACCAUAACAUUAAAUGCAAGGUGAUUGCAGCUCGACCGCAAUUACCAACAGCUAAAGAGCAAUCGCCGUUAGCAUUAGAAGACGACGUGUGCUCAACUGAUUCGUCGGUUAUGGAUGACGAGGUGAAAAAACGCAAAAGGAAGAUUUUUGGAUUCUCGAAGAAAAAUAAAAACAAACCGGAAUGAAGACGAAUAAUAACAAGCUAGUUCCGAAUUCUUCCAAACAAACCCUAGGGAAUAUGUUAGUAGGUUGUAAAAUGAUGUACAACCCUCAUUUUUGGUUUUCAUUAUUUUAAAGUUUUAAAUUUUAUUUUUUACUAUUUUGGUGUGAUCGUGAAUCAUGCUUCUCGUUUAAUUUAUUUUAUUAUUAUUAUUGAUUGAAUGUGAAGUCUUCCAUUUGCAAUAUCGGCAAACAAAAUGCUUUUUUUAAGACCUAUGAGGAAUGCAAUUUAAUAUACUAGCACAAUAACAACCUAUCAUGUUUUUGAGGUGUGUAGUAAAUGGCGAAUUUCUGACAAUUUGUCGAAAUAGGGGAAUUAUUUGUAAACGUAGGUACUUAUAAAAAGAAUAUAAGUUGUGCCUAUAUUACGAACGUUUUAAAUAUUGUAAUCUUUUUAAUUAUUUUUCUCAGAAAUUAAUUUCUCAAGGGCAAAAAUAAACAUCUUUCAGUUUUCUAUCUUUACGUUAAUAUCACAAUCAUAAGGAUGGAAGAAAAAGAAAUGAGUAUUAAUAGCCAAUUAGCCAAAUCACCACUUAGUGCCCUAUUUAAUAUAAAAAAUAUAUUUUGUACAAUACAAAAUAUAAGGUUUUUGAUGUGGCAAGUGGUGUUUUUGAAUAAAUGAAAGGAAUUAGUUGAACCAGUGACCAGUCUUAUUAGAACGAUACCUGUAUUAAAUCAUACAAAAAUAAAAAAGUAUGUUCCUAUGGUCAUAUCCAAUAAGACUUUUCCAUUUAGACAAUACUAUAUGACAUGAAAAAUAAUUUUAGGAUUAAAUAGUUUCCGAAGGCAACUUGGCACAAUACCUGAACUUCACUUAUGCUAGAAAAUAUUAAUCGAUAAAAGAAUUGGUAUUCUUUUUCACAAGAAAAUAUCAAAAUUAAGGAUGGAGAAAAAUUUUUACCAAAAGAAAGACUUGUUUAGAUUUCCAUUUUAAAUGUUUUUGAUCCUUUUUUUUAUUUAGAAUAUUUAAGAAAUGUGGAUCAUGUAUUGUGCAUAUUCCAUUUUUUGUGGGCCUCGUAUACAACCUCAAACAAUGCAGCAAUAUUGUACUUAUUAUACAUACACAUUAUUUUUAACUGUUGAGCGGAAUGUUUUUAUUCCACCCUCCGCAUAUUAGCUAAUAUACACCACACAGUGAAACAAACCAAGUCUAGCUUUUUUGUAAUGGGCCAGACGAGAUCAGUGUUGUUCUUCUGAAUCAUUGGGUGUAGAUUAUUAUUGAUGUUUGUUACAUGACAUACACUAUAUCGUCUGGUUCUGGUUUACAAGACAUUUUGAUGGACUUUUUAUUCCAUGUAAUUGCUAGUGAUAAAUAUAUAAUAACUUUAUCGUU